AUUAAUUGUUGUAAGAAAUACCCCGUAAGAAAUUACAAGACCUCUAUUGGCUCUAUAUAAACUCAAAAAAAAUUCCCAAAAUUUAGGAACGACAAACAAAACACUCUAAAAAAGCAGAAAAAAAAAAGGAAAAAAUCUACUAAGGGCGUGUUUGGAUUGAAAGCUAGAAAUUAUUCCAUCGAAAUACAAAUAAUGGGAAGUGAACACAGAGAUGAAGAAAUCAGAAAACCCAGAUUUCUAUGUUUACAUGGUUUCAGAACAAGCGGAGAAAUUAUGAAGAAGCAAAUCCAUAAAUGGCCGGAAUUCGUUUGUGAUAAACUUGAUCUUGUUUUUCCAGAUGCCCCUUUUCCGGCCCAAGGAAAAUCUGAUGUUGAAGGCAUCUUUGAUCCUCCUUAUUACGAGUGGUUUCAAUUCAAUAAAGAAUUUACAACGUAUAAUAAUUUUGAGGAAUGUUUGGAGUAUAUUGAAGAGCUUAUUAUUAAGCAUGGUCCCAUUGAUGGUCUUAUGGGUUUUUCUCAGGGGGCUAUUUUGUCAGCUGCAUUACCAGGGUUGCAAGCAAAGGGGUUGGCUUUGACCAAAGUUCCAAAAAUUAAGUUUUUGAUUAUAAUUGGAGGUGCAAAAUUAAAGUCUGAGUCAUGGGCAGAUAAAGCGUAUAGUUCUCCUAUUGAAUGCCCUUCACUCCACUUUUUAGGGAAGGAGGACUUCUUGAGGCCACAUGGAGAAGAUCUCAUUAAGUCUGUUGUCGACCCGUAUAUUAUUCAUCACCCCAAGGGCCAUACUGUUCCUCGCUUAGACGAGAAGUCAUUGACUACCAUGCUUAGCUUCAUUGACAAGAUUCAGAACAUAGUAUCUGAAGAGGAGAAAGAUAAAGAAAGCAAUGGACAAUGACUGCAGGACAUAAAACAUGCAUACGUACGGCGAUUGGUUGUUUUGGCUGAUUGACUGAAAUUAUGCAUUUAUUUAGCCAUGGUAGCAAGUUACACCUCUAGCUGUUAUUAUGCCGUUGAUGAUCAUGUGAUGAUGUCUUGUCUUAUUCAUCAUCUGUUUAUAAUGUGCUCAAUUAAAUUCUACGGAAUUUUUGCUCAUGUAAUUCAACUGUAAAAUUAUGUGAAUGUAUUCUCUAAUAAUGUGAUGAGUCAUUGCGUUCACGUUAUCAAUUAGAAACUAUAUUGUAUAAGCGUGCUUACUUCAUUCAGAAAUUUGCUUGAGUUUUUUACAGACAGUA